ACAUGUAAAUGUUAUACCGUAUGCAAUUCAUCUUUCAUCUUUUGUAACCAAACCAAACAUCGUGCCAAUUCUCCUUGUUGCUUCCAUUUUAAUACCACUUUGAGAUAUUUUCCAAGUAAUUUUUGUCAAAGCAAACAUUGUAUGAUACGUGCCUAGAUGCUAAAUAUUACGCAAAAUUAGGCAUCCUGGACUGAGCAGUAAAACUAUAUAUAUUUUCAGGAGCUUGUUGGAGUUGUUCACCUUAAAAUCAAUUGAGACUUGGACAAAAGACUAGUCAUGUAAGUGAAUAUCAUUCCCCCUGACAUAGCAACGAGACUAAAGUUUGUGAACACAUAUGUGAAGCAACAAUCGGACUUCAACUACUUAGGAACUCAAUAUAUGCAACUCAUAACACACACCAGUAUGAAUCAGCAUGCGUCGUACGAGGCGCUUAACCUGUCGCAACGUGGUAUGGGCGUCGCUGGUGGGAGGGAUCUGAGCGAUGACCUGCACAUGAUGUCACGGGGUCAACAUCAACUCAUUAUGGGCGCGGUGGGAGGGGCUUCGGGUAUCUCAUACGGUACUGUCAUUCAAGUGGCGAACGAUUCCAUGAAAUACCACAGUUCCGCCAGUAUCCCGUCACACUCGCAAGCAUUGAGCAUGGUCGCCAGGACGUCAAGCCCUCACCAUAGCAACACCAUAGCAACCUCAGUACAUAGCCCUCCCAGCCCCGCCCUCAGCUCUUCCCCUCCCAACGCUGGGACAACAGCUAUGCAUGCGGAUGAAUUACAUUCAAGAGGCCAAAGAUUAACCAAAGAAUCAAUGAAAAAAUACUUAGAGGACAGGUGCCACCAGACGGUUGUCAUACAGCAUGCCAAAGUAGCCCAGAAAUCAUACGGGAAUGAGAAGAGGUUCUUCUGCCCCCCUCCUUGUAUCUAUCUUCUAAAUCCCGGCUGGAAGAGGAAGCGGGAACAGAUGCUGAAAGAUGGAGAGACGGAAGCCGGAAGCCAAGUCUGUGCCUUCAUUGGGAUUGGUAACAGUGAUCAAGAUAUGCAACAACUCAACUUAGAAGGAAAGGAUUACUGUGCCGCUAAGACGUUAUACAUUUCAGACUCGGACAAGAGAAAGCAUUUCUUUCUGAGUGUGAAGAUGUUUUAUGGAAAUGGGGAAGAUAUCGGCAUGUUCAACAGCAAGAGGAUCAAAGUCAUUUCGAAACCUUCCAAGAAAAAGCAAUCGCUGAAAAAUGCUGACUUAUGUAUUCAGUCUGGGUCGACAGUGGCCCUCUUCAAUCGAUUGAGAUCGCAGACCGUGAGCACCAGGUACCUCCAUGUAGAAAACAAUAAUUUCAAGGCAAGCUCUCAACAGUGGGGAGCCUUCACUAUCCAUCUCUUGGACGAUGAUGAAUCGGAGAGUGAGGAGUUUACCGUCCGGGAAGGCUAUAUCCAUUAUGGCUCUACCAUCAAACUAGUAGAUACAAUAACUGGUAUGGCGUUACCAAGAUUGAUUAUCCGCAAAGUUGAUAAGCAGAUGGCUCUGAUGGACGCGGAUGACCCGGUUUCACAACUCCACAAAUGUGCCUUCUACAUGAAAGACACUGACAAGAUGUACCUCUGCCUCUCCCAAGAGAGAAUCAUACAGUUCCAGGCCACGCCAUCGCCGAAGGACCCCAAAAGGGAGAUCAUCAAUGACGGGGCAUCGUGGACCAUUAUCAGUACAGACAGGGCCGAGUACAGCUUCUAUGAAGGCAUGGGACCCGUUAAAAUGCCUGUUACGCCCGUACCACUUGUUACAGAUUUAUGUCUAAAUGGCGGCGGUGAUGUAGCGAUGCUUGAACUGAGAGGAGAGAACUUCGCCCCGGAUCUACGGGUGUGGUUCGGAUGUGUCGAAGCAGAGACGAUGUACAGAAAUGCUGACCUCAUGUUCUGCGUGGUGCCGGAUAUCUCGGCGCUCUGCGGCGAAUGGAGGUACAUCCAGCGUCCGACCCAGGUCAACAUCAUGCUAGUGCGGCAGGAUGGGAUCAUCUACCCGACGGGCCGCAUGUUCACCUACACUCCGGAACCAUGCGCAACGUCCCACUGCCGAGCCAUCGACACCAUCAUGCGGCGGGAGCGGCUCCCGGAGAUGAACUUGAUAGGUCCCGACAGCAUGCCGGCAAUGGACGGUGCGAUAGGGGGGUCGCUUGCCAUGUCGGGGGAGAUGAUGGCGUACAACGCCAUGCGCAUGAGCGGAAAGUGAAUCGGUAUCAGUACUUGUUUGGACUAGUACAGACAUGAAACGGGGCUCGUUGUGUCGAGAGGAGAAUCAAAGCCUUUCCGGAGGAUAUCCCUGUUUCUAACCUAGCGCCUCGCUUCCACAUGCAUCUGUUGUCGUGGAGGAAUCUACUUCUUCAUCCUUUC